UAAAGGGAAGCGGAGUUAUUUAGUAUCAGAUAUUAAUUCGCACGUUACAUACGACACAAGUGUUGAAUUGUACGUGUUUUCCACGUUAAGCAUGCGUCCCCGGCUAUGACCCUUGUUCUGCAAGGCAUUAAGAUCAGUUACAGAGCCCCGGAAGGCGCGAGCCCGAACAACGGGAUCACAUAAUCCGAACCCUGCUUCCGAGCGCGAGCGGCGGGUAUCAGAUGCACGUAAACCAAAGUGCCGGUCUUAACUGCUCGUGCACCUCCGGUAUCAUAUAUUGGAAACGAGUCGAUCUUAAAUCGAGUCCCCUGCAGCCGCGUGGCGUCGUGUAUUUGACGUGAUGACGUCGGUGACUUUUGUAAACACGGCGGAACGUACGUCCACGAGCCUGCCCUCCGGAGAUUCGGCACAACGUGGGCCUCUGAGCAGGGUGGAGCCAUCUCUCUAAGAUGGAGCUGGCGGAGUUGCCGCAGUGGGAAAUGGCUGUCUACUGGUUCCUGUCCUUCAGCUCCCACAUCUUCUCUUUCUAUCAGCUUCACAGGUUCUCUAAAGCAGAGCAUGAGAAGAGUCUGGACAGGGAGGUUCAUCUGGAGAAGGGCUUCCUCGUUUGGGGUUACAAGAAGGACCCCACAGAUUUUGAGUGGAGCUUCUGGAAUGAGUGGGUGUGGCGUUCUCUUUUCUGCUCUCUGAUUGGUCACACUGUGGUAUCUCGACUGUGUGGUGUUUACCUUCCCCAGUGCAGAAAAGCCGUCCUCACACUCUACGGCAUGGUAUCGGCCUGGUGGCUUCUGGGCUUCAAGGGUGUGGCUGUUCUAAUGCUCCACCUUAGCGUUUCAUUGGUUGUUGCUCAGCUUCACAGCCCCACCCUCUCGUGGGGGUGUGCCAUCCUGCUGCUAUCCACGCUGCAUAUCAGCAGUCUGCAGGACGUGCAGAGAGCCUGGUACGACUCAGAGGAGCGAUACCUCCUCCUGCUCUUCAGCACUGCGGUGUGUGCGUUACGGUGCAUUAGCUUCAGCCUGGAGCUCUGCUGGAGCCCCCUGCUGGCCGGAGGACCAAGCGUCCGCUGCCCCUUUGUGCAGUUCAGGAGAAUGAAGGAACUCGCAACUCAGCUGAGCAGUCUGACUAGUUACUGUUUCUAUCAUCCUCUGUUCUAUAACGGACCCGUCAUUACCUACAAAGACUUCAGCCAACAGAUAGAAAGGCCGGUGUGUAACGUGUCUGCACAAUGGCUUUUGGCCAAACUCUUGCGAGUGUGUGUGUGGUGGUGUUUGGCUGAGUUCAUGAUCCACGUCAUGUACAUGCACGCGAUCCAAAACAACGAGACCUACCUGCACAUCCUUUCACCCUGGGCUCUGGGGGGCUUGGCUCUGGCUGUUGUGCAGUUCUUCUAUGUGAAGUACCUGGUGCUGUUCGGUGUGGUGUCUCUGCUUGCCCAGCUGGAUGGGAUCCAGACACCCCCCCUACCUCGCUGUGUGAGCAUCGUUUACAGCUUCCGAGGCAUGUGGAGACACUUUGAUGUGGGACUCUACAAAUGGCUCAUUAGGUAUCUGUAUGUGCCAUUAGGCGGUUCUCACCAUGGACCCUUCCAGAAGGUCAUCUCCACGGCGCUAGCGUUUGGGUUUGUGUGUUUCUGGCAUGGUUUCCAUGACUACCUGCAGUAUUGGGCCCUACUGAACUGGCUUGGGGUAUUAGUAGAGAACAUCAUCGCAGUCUUCCUCACAUCUCCUCCUCUCCAUCGCAUCAUCGUCUGCUAUCUGUCUCCGAGGAUGCAGAGGCGUGGCCUUGCUCUUGUGUCCGCCUUCUCCACCGCAAUGAUCAUUUUGUCCAAUCUGGUGUUUCUGGGUGGCACCCACGUCGGCCACGUUUAUUGGAAGAGGGUGUUUGUUCAGGGUUGGUCCACCAUGGCUGUUCCUAUGUUAGCUUUUCUCUAUUGCUUUGCCCAGGUUGGGCUGGAAGUGGAUCGUAAGCAGUCAUGAGUGGGGAAGCUCCACCUCCUCACCACUCUGUCUAUGCCCAGUAUGGCGACUCCACCCUAACCACACCCAUCACCACUACUCGCGUUCCACCCAGCCAGUCUCCUGUCCACUACACAGGACCACCGUAGUCAGAACGAGCCUGGAGCAGUGAGUCACUGUCCAGCGUAGCUAAGGCUGCGAAGGCAAAUGUGUGUCUCCAUGGAUACGGGCCCUGAGUGAACACUGAAUGUGCCCGUCACAAACAGAACUGCGUACAGAGAUUACGGGACACAGAUUAGGAGUGUCUGUCGCUACAGUUUCAACCUCAAAUAUUAUAUUUAUUUGGAAUGCACAAAAAUGUCUGUGUGGGAGGGGGGUGCAUAUAUCAGAAUGAGUGUAAUUUAAUCUGCCAAAACUUUAAACUAGAGACUGUGUGACUGUCUGUGACUGACGGUGUGCGUCUGUGAUGGUGUAUGACUGUCUGUGACUGACGGUGUGCGUCUGUGACGGUGUAUGGCGGUCUGUGACUGUGUGCGUCUGUGACGGUGUAUGGCGGUCUGUGACUGUGUGCGUCUGUGAUGGUGUAUGAAGGUCUGUGACUGUGAGCGUCUGUGAUGGUGUAUGACGGCCUGUGACGGUGUGCGUCUGUGACGGUGUAUGACGGCCUGUGACGGUGUGCGUCUGUGACGGUGUAUGGCGGUCUGUGACUGUGUGCGUCUGUGAUGGUGUAUGACGGCCUGUGACGGUGUGCGUCUGUGAUGGUGUAUGGCGGCCUGUGACGGUGUGCGUCUGACGGUGUAUGGCGGUCUGUGACUGUGAUGGUGUAUGGCGGUCUGUGACUGUGAUGGUGUAUGACGGCCUGUGACUGUGUGCGUCUGUGACGGUGUAUGGCGGUCUGUGACUGUGUGCGUCUGUGAUGGUGUAUGGCGGUCUGUGUCUGUGACGGUGUAUGACGGUCUGUGACUGUGAGCGUCUGUGACGGUCUGUGAUGGUGUGCGUCUGUGAUGGUGUAUGGCGGUCUGUGACUGUGUAUGACGGUCUGUGACUGUGUGCGUCUGUGAUGGUGUAUGACGGCCUGUGACGGUGUGCAUCUGUGAUGGUGUAUGACGGCCUGUGACUGUGAUGGUGUGUGUGGGGGUGCUGUUAUGACGUGUCACUGGGAAGAGCUCCUCCACUUUCUCAGAUACGCUGCCAGCGUAUGUCCAGACCUCCCUGGCCAGCCCAACCCCUACCCUUCUGUUUCUGUUCUUUGUCUCUUUCUUGCGAUCUCCAUCUUUCUGUGUAUGACUCUCUUUUCCACUUCUUUAUCUCCAUCCCUCUCUCUUCAUAGAGCUGAGGGAAUAUUUCCAAUAUGCUCAGUUUAAUUUCAGAGUGGCCUGCUCUUUCCCUGAUGUGUAUGUCAGAUAGACGGCAGGUCCAGUGCCCCGUGUGUGUGUGUGUGCGUGUGUGUGUGUGCACAUGUGUAGUUUCACAAGUACAACCUCCACAAGCCUUUGUCUACUCUUCUACAUUCCACAGGGUUACACAGCUGUCACCCACCACCUGCACUGAAACACACACACCCACACACACACACACACACACACACACACACACACACACACACACACACACCCACACCCCCUCUGGCAAAGAGCCACCUGGGUAACACACCCACCCAACAGCCCGUGUUCCAGCGCCUUUAAGGGCCAGCCGAAGUGGGCAGCUUUGCUGGGCCCUCAGCGCCACAGAAGCGCACUGCUCCUCACCUCACAGCUCCCCGAGGCUCCCCGAGGCUCUCCACGCAAAGGCUUGGGUAACAAACAGGUGGCCUUGCUUCAGGGUCGCUCUGCUGGAAGGUAUGGGACGGGGCACGGCUGUGGGCACGCAGUGUCGGGAGCCCAGUUAUCACGACCCAUCCACUCACAAGUGUCUGGUAAACUCAGUUUCUUCACUGUUUUUUAUGUUGCUGUUAAAUAGUUUUUUGUAAUAGCAGUGGCAGAAAAUAUAUUCACAGACAAGGAAUGUGUAUAAAAUAUUUUAUUAUCAUAAAUAAUUUACAUAUUCUUUACAAAUUUCUUUACUUUUUUUUGUGCUUUACAAGUAUGUCCAUCUGAAACAACAUGGACACAAUAUGAAUACGUUCUUUCAGUAAACACGCAGUAAACGCAGCUUGGGACUACACUUCACGCUUCAGUGGGCUCCGCCAUCGAAAACCCUUUUGGUCUACAGCUAUAACUGUGUCAGGGGAGCAGAGAUCCAGUCUCUGCCUUAAUCUGCCUGACGUCAGAACCGUCCCAGGCUUUGGAGCUAGAGAGAGCUGCAGUGUAUGGUAGGCUGGUUCCUCAGUCACGCUGGUUUACUACCUAAGGAACAAGGCCUGUAAGGUCCAUGAAAUCACUGCUUUUCAUUUGAACGGAGAGCACAAACUCUUCUGAUACUGCUUGUUAUUGUGCAAACAUGCACACUGUGUGGUGUGCAAGCAGGCUGUAGCCCUGGAACCUCCUGCACUGGACUCUUUACAGAGCAGUGUUUCAGGCAGGUGCUAGCGGACUCGUUACGGUGCAGCGUGUCCAUGGCAAACCCAACACUGGGAGCGCUUAGCUCCAUUAGCCAAAACAUUGCUAACAAACACACACGCUCUUUCGGUUCCUCUUUUUCUUGAUUUGGUGCAGUGCAGUUUUAUAAAGAAUUCUCGUUCUGCUCGUCUGUUCAUCUGGUCUGUCCAGUCUUCCUCUCCCUUCCGUCAGUAGGAAGUGCAUUGUGUCUGUUUAAAUGAGGCAUUCUUAUUGCUUUGUACUUAAAAAAUCAUGCACCUUCACCGUCAAUCACUGACUUCUCAUGUGUCUCACAAAGCCUUACAAAGCUUUAAGGUACAGUUUUCACAUUAUCAUAACUGAGAUAUAAAUGACAUUCGAGGAUCGUCUCUAAUAUUUGUCAUUGAAGGUCUUGCUGUUGUUGGUCAGUUGUGUUUUCAAGUGCCUUUCAGUCCAGAUCUUCACAUCUUCAGUGAUCUUGUGUCCACCCAUCAUAACAAAUCCCCAACUCAACCUCCCCGUGACACGUGCCUUCUUUGGGGAUGAUCUAAGCAUUUUAAAGCUUAAAAAACCCAUAAUCCUCUAUUCUGACCAGCAAAAAAACAGAUUAGUGGUUUAUUCCUGCAUAUCCCACCAGUCAUGCUGUGUUAGGAAAGCCUGAUCCAGGCAGGAACUGGGGGGAGGUGCACAGGAGGUGUUAAGCUCCCAAGCCCAGCUCAGACUAAGGUUCACUUAGACGUCAUACACAAAGACACACACAUGCAUUGUGUACUAGCUGAAUAUACACACAGAAGCAUGCGCAUGCUAUUUUGACAAAGUCUGAUCCUGGACUUGCAUCCUAAGGUUCGUGAAUGUAACCCCCACUCGAGUUACUGUAAGUCCCUUCAGUACCGGACAGCUCCCCUGAACAGCCUGACCUGGAAGUGAACCUACGUCACAGUUUAAUGCCAGGAAGUUACAGCUCCAGCUGCCACACACUUGGUGCAACUCCUAAGCACUGCUUCUCCACAUCCCAGCUUCCCAAGACUCGAAGGAGGCUCGGUCCCCUCUGUCCGUCCACAUGCCAACAGGCACAGACCUUGUGAAAGAGCAGAGAAGGCUAGGGACCUGCACCGGGGCGAAAAUAAAAGUUAAACGGAAUGAGCAAGUGCCGGAGUUCAGUGCAACGUUUCGGUCUGCAGGCACGGAACAGCAGGGGAGGAAAACGCCAGCCUGGAAUUCAGCUCCACACGGAUAGAACUGUGUGAAAACAUGUAGGAACAGCGAGGAAGGGGCAGGACAAUGGGAUGAGGGCAGGUACACAAACUCACUCGGAUCCUCAGACUCUGGAGUACUGGGACAGUGAAGUCCAAUCUCUCUUACAGCAGACACAAGCUUAAAGUGUUCACGGGACUGGGCAUCAUAAGUAUUGGGACACGUCAUUUCAGUGGUAUUUUUCAGCACGCGUUUCUGACCACGUUCCUUCCCGUUAAUUCGUUAUAUCCGUGAUUGGGAGACACGGCGUAUGCUUAUUAAUAAGAAGGUGCGUUACAGUUGCUCAAGAAUACAGCAAAAAUAAUGAAUGUGUCCUCCCUGUCCGAAUAGUUUGGAGGGCGCGGCACGUAGCAUAGCUUCACGUUGAGACACUACUGCAAAAAGCCAGGACAGACGUUAAAGCUGAAGCUUGCUGACCUCUGUUCUGGGACCCGCAAAACCAACCCAAGUGUAAUGACCAGAAGUGUCACAGGUGUGUGUGUGUGAGAAGGAUGUAUUACUGAUAAGUGUUUUUGUGAUCUCUAACCCAGAAUAAUGAGACAUACACAUCAAAGCUAGUAGAAAGGCCACAGUGAUGACAUGCACAUUUAAUUGUGUGUGUGUGUGUGUGUGUGUGUGUGUGUGUGUGUGUGU